UAUGCUUCCCUCGUGUCACGGCUAAAGAUGGGAGAAUACAAACGAGCAAAGCUCACUCUACAGGACGUUUUGAAUAUCGGGCAGGAAUCCAUGAACAACAUUGAAUUAUGGACUGUAGAGGACAUUCCCUGGUAUUUUCUGCAGAAUGUAAUGGCUCUCAAUGUGAAUGCAAGAAACACAACACUUAAAGAACCUGCACAAAGUGCAAAAACUAGGGAUAGUCUGAGCAGGUUUCAGAGUUUUAACGAUGAUGAAGAAACAGACUCGUCUGAUUCUGUCCACCCCCUGGAUGUUCUGUGUGUUCUCCUGAAUUGUUCAGACCAUUUCUUACAGCAGGAAAUUAUAAGAAAGAUGUCCAUGUGUCAGUUUGCUGUCCCUCUGCUGCUCCCUGCUGGGGAUGGUUCUAACUGCACCUUCAUGCUAUGGGCAAUGAGAGAUAUUGUGAAGAAAUGGACACCUCGCUCAUUAGCAGAAAGAAAAGGGUUUAUGGAAGACAGUAUAGUGGAAAUCCCCAUGCCAACCUUCUCUUUUGUGCGGUUGAGGAGAUGCACCUUAUCCAAAUCUAAAUACCUGAAUCAUUUGCUAAGCCCGGCUCAUUCACACUUCAAUAUUUUUGUGAAUCAUGCAAUGGAUGGAGGGAAUUACCCUCGAAAUGUCUCUGAUGGGCUAGUGGAGAUAUCUUGGUUCUUCCCUGGUGGUACGGGGAACUCUGAAACUUUCCCAGAACCCUUUGCUGUCACCAAUUUACACGGAGACCUGAAAUCUAACUUGACACAGUUCACCUUUCUAACACAGAUAUCUGCCGCGGUCUUUGUAUUUAUUGAGAGUUUUACUGAAGAGGAUUACAGACUGUUUUCCCAAUUGGCCGAAACAAAGAUACAUUACUAUUUUGUUCUUGGCCAAAAUAACGACAAACAGAAAAUGCAGAUGACAAGAAAAAAUCUAAAACAAUUGUCUCUAAAAAUGAAUGUUUUCAUGAUUAAGAUUGAUGACAGAAAUGUCAUAAAGUCUGUUAAAGAUAUACAAGAAAUGAUUUCACACUACAACAAAUGCGAAGACAACAACCUAAGCCUAGAGGACGUGGCACAUUUGGCCAAACUGAAUGGAAUACGAGUAGAUGAGGAUUCUGUGGAAUGUCAGGAAGCCAGGAAGCAUGCCUUGUUAAUCACUAGUGAAAUAAAGGAUGUGGCUCAAUACAAGAAAGAUACUAUGCGACUGCAGGGUGAUCUGUGGAUUGAAAUAUCUAUGAUAGAAAAAGAGAUGUGCAGAAUGACGAACCAAGGAAAAUGUAACAGUACCACUUACAGAAAUAAACUAACAAAUAAACACUUUGAAUUGACCAGGACGCAAUAUCAGCAUCAGAUGCCCGAUGGUAUAAAGAACUUUCUCAAAGCUAUCACACUUUUAAGAGAGAUAGAAAAAAAAUAUUUCAUUAAAUGGUUGAAGUUUUACCUUGAUAUGAUGGCUAGAAAAAAUGUUUUUUUGUUUCAGGAUAAGCACAAGAAAAACACUAAUACUUUAACAAACACAAGAGAACUGAAGCAACAAUCACAAAAUAUUUUGGACAACUCAUUGGGAAUUGAACAUUUCCUACGUGAAAUGGGGCAGUUUUAUGAAGCCGAGUGUGCUAUGAUUAAACAUAAACACAUCAGUCCAGAUCAGCGACAGUUCUCUAAACUCCCAGGAAUAGCUGCUAACCUCUUGUGGGGUGGGUUCCCAUUGGAGCUGAUUGAUGGAGAUGCCUCCAACAUCCCCCUGCAGUGGAUAACUGAUGUCCUGACUGAGCUGGACACUAAGACAGGAGGACAAUGCAGAAUGAGAGUGAUCACUGUGCUGGGAGUUCAGAGUACGGGGAAAUCAACCCUUCUGAACACCAUGUUUGGUUUGCAGUUCCCAGUGGCCAGUGGUCGAUGUACACGAGGGGCUUUCAUGUCACUUAUUAAAGUGAAAGAGAAUGUCCAGAAGGCGCUGGACUGUGACUUUAUUCUGGUUAUUGAUACUGAAGGUCUGAAAGCCCCUGAAUUGUCUUCUCUGGAGAACAGCUAUGAACAUGACAAUGAGCUGGCAACUCUAGUGGUCGGGCUAAGUGAUAUCACCAUAAUUAACAUGGCCAUGGAGAAUGCAGCAGAAAUGAAAGACACUUUGCAGAUUGUGGUUCAUGCUUUCCUUCGGAUGAGUGAAGUUGGAAAGAAACCAAACUGUCACCUUGUGCAUCAUAAUGUGAGCGAUGUGACAGCACAUGUACAAAAUGAGCUCAGUAGAAGAAAUCUUUUGAAAGAAUUAAAUGAUGUGACACAUAUAGCAGUAAAAAUGGAGAAAAUAAAUCGACACAUUACUUUGUCUGAUAUCAUUAAUUAUGAUCCUGAGAAGCACACCUGGUACAUCCCUGGAUUGUGGCAUGGUGUUCCACCCAUGGCUCUAGUAAACUCAGGGUACAGUGAAAAUGUUUGUAACUUGAAAAAACAUUUAAUAAGAAUUAUGAAAGGCAGUGAAUAUCCUGGACCACAAAAUAUUUCUUUAUUCAUUGAAUGGGUGAAGAGUUUGGCAAAGGCUGUAAAACAUGAAUCAUUUAUUUUCAGUUUCCGAAAUAUCCUUGUGGCAGAAGCUUAUGAUCAACUGUCCGUAAUGUACUCAGAGUUGGAAUGGAACUUUCGCAAACAAGUCCAUUCUAAUUUGGCUAACUAUGAAAAUAAAAUAAAAAAUCAAUCACCAGAAAAUCUACAAAAUGUAACAUCAGAUAUUAUAGAAAACAAAAUCAAACAACUGCUAGACAGAGAAGAGACAGAAAUGACCCAGAAGUUAGAACUGUUCUUCAAGAGUGGCUGUGUCAAUGUGCAUCUGGUAGAACGAUAUAGGGAAGAUUUUUUGAUUCAUGUAAAAAGUCUAAGAAAAGAUCUUGAAGUUAUGGCGUCCAACAAAUGUUGGGAGACGGUCAGAAUUCAAAAUGGAAAAUGUGAGAUUCAAAAUAUGCAAAAAAAAUACAGGCAGUUAAUUGAAAGAAAACUUAAUGAACAUCUGGCUUCUCACAAAAUGAACCAAACUAUGCUCAAUGAAACAGAGCUAGAGAGAACAUUUAAUGAAAUAUGGGGCAAUAUUCUACAGGGAAUUAAUAUUACUGAGUUUCGGGUACAGACACGCCAAAUUGAUGUAGAAAUGUUGGAACAACUGAAACAGGAGAUGAAGAACAAGCCUGGUGCUGUCACUGAGAAAUUAAAUAACGUUAAGUCACUAAAAGAUUACGGACAGAAAAGUUUUAAAGUGACUAGUGACUACAUUGAUAUGGGUUUGUUCAAAAUUGUAAAACAAUUCUUUACUAAUAGUUAUUUAAAAAAAUUAAAUCAGCAUUUACUUACUUUAACAGCUGAUUGCCAAAAUUAUGUUGAGGGAAAGGUGACCACAAAAGAAGAUUAUAGUGAAAUGUAUUGUUGGGAAUUACUGACUAGGAUAAAUGACAAACUGGAUACAAAAGAGGUAAGAAACCUCCACUACAACCCACUGUUUGAGGUUGAUCUAAAACUACACAUUUUGGGGAGAUCAGUUCCUUACUUUCAGACGAUACAUGAUACUUUCAGGAAAAAUAACAAUCCAGAACAUCUGCUUCCUGAUCUUCAAUCUCAAUACCUUUCAAAGUUUAAAGACUUACUCCAAUGUAAAGAAGACACCAGCAAACAGGCUAAACAAUUCUGCAAUGAGUGUUUGAAACCAGCGAUAAUUGAUCACAUGUACAAAAGUGUUGGGAAUGAAAUUGUUGAUGAUGUAUUAACAAGUUCUGAUGCCAUGAGAUUCAAAAGCCGGAUGCAUUUCCAGUUCAUGCUUCUGAAGGAACUGCUUGAAAUAAACCGGUUUGAAAACUACUUACAAUACAUUACACAGUAUGAAAACUAUGUGAGAAACUGGAUUUCAACUUAUAUUGCAAAUAACUAUGCAAAUACUAAAAGUUUAGACAACUUAUUAUCACAGAUCCUCUCUUCCAUUGCUCAAAAAGUCCGAGCUGCCCUUAGAGACCAGAAGGUCCAAAAUAGUAAAAGUUUAAGUGGCUUCUUGGAAACAUUUUUUAAAGCAUUAGACAAGCAUUUAGUGCUUUCAAGGAAUUCAAUGAAAGUGUCGAGUUCCCACAAUACUUUAUGUAUAAACGAAUUUUGUACUGAGAUUGAGCAUUUCCUCAGUAAAAUAAGAGAUGAAAUUGGAUAUGAGAUCAUUUUGUUGAAUUUUGAAUCUUUCUUUUCUGUAAUUACAUGGAAGCCUCGGGAUGAAUUGUUCAAAAAAAUAAUUGGAUGUGGAAAGAAAUGCCCAUUUUGUAAUGCUCCAUGUGAGGCAGGAGGAACUCGGCACAGCCAGCACUUUGCCUCUGUGCAUCGCCCUGAAGGAUUAACUGAACAUAUGUGGUCAGAAUCCAAUGUUCUUUGCAAUACUAUAUGUUCCAAUGAUGUCCUGUCCAAUGACUUUUUUAUGAACUCAGACACAGGCGGCGAAUGGCACCCGUACAAAGAUUAUCGCGCAAUUUAUCCAGACUGGAUCAUACAACCCGACAGAGACAUGAGUUCCUCAACUUACUGGAAAUUUGUUUUUGUGCAGUUUGGAGAUCGAUUUGCAGAAUACUAUAAAGCUAUUCCAGCUGAAAUCCCUCGGGAAUGGAGAAAAAUAACUAAAGACCAGGCUCUUUUGAGUCUACAUAAAAUAUUUAAAUUCAAAUAA